AUGAUGCUUGGGCGUCCGCUCUUCACUGGCGAGUCAAGUUGGGGGCAGAUGUACGAGAUCGUCCGGGCAUUAGGCACCCCGACAUUGGAGGAGGUCGAAGCCAUGCAGGCCGGCGGCGAUUGCCGACUGGCCGGGCACUUUGCAAAGCUGGCGGAGCUUGAGCGACCAGCGUCCGCCUGGGAGGAGUUGCUGCCUGCCUUCGCAGAGGAGCGUCAGGCUCUCGAGCUGCCGGAGUCCCUGCUGAGCUUUGAUCCGGCGAAGCGCUUGCAUCCGGCCGUGGCCAUGAGGAGCAGCUUUUUUCAGCACCUGCCUGAUGAUCCAAACCCACUGCCGCUGAACCUUGUGGAUUUUAGUGAAGAGGAGCUGAGCACUUGCGACACUAUGGCAAAGAAGAAACUGUGGGCUUUGCGGCACAUGGUCCAGGCCCGCAGCCCUUUCAUCGACACGGAGAGUGUCGGAAAGAGGGCUGGGUACGACGAGGAGGAGAGCCGAGACGCAAAGCGCCGGCGAGUGGGUGAAAGGCCCGUCGACGACUUGAACGACAUUCCAUGA